ACACUGGUGAACACGAGCAAUAAAGGACCGUCUGGCAAGAAGAAAGGGCGCUCGAAGAAGGCUCAUGUUUUGGCUGCCUCAGUGGAGCAGGCCACUCAGAACUUCUUGGAAAAAGGAGACCAAAUUGCUAAAGAGAGCCAGGAUCUCAAGGAGGAGUUGGUUGCUGCUGUAGAUGAUGUUCGAAAACAAGGAGAGACGAUGCGGAUCGCCUCGUCGGAGUUCGCGGACGACCCCUGCUCCUCGGUGAAGAGGGGCACCAUGGUGCGCGCCGCCCGCGCCCUGCUCUCGGCCGUCACUCGCCUGCUCAUCCUGGCUGACAUGGCUGAUGUCAUGAGGCUCCUCUCACACCUCAAAAUCGUAGAGGAGGCACUAGAAGCUGUGAAAAAUGCAACAAACGAGCAAGAUUUAGCCAAUCGCUUUAAGGAAUUUGGGAAGGAAAUGGUUAAACUGAACUAUGUCGCUGCGAGGCGACAACAGGAGCUGAAGGAUCCUCACUGCAGGGACGAGAUGGCCGCGGCCCGCGGGGCUCUGAAGAAGAACGCCACCAUGCUGUACACGGCCUCGCAGGCCUUCCUGCGCCACCCCGACGUGGCGGCCACGAGGGCCAACAGGGACUACGUCUUCAAGCAAGUGCAGGAGGCAAUUGCUGGCAUCUCCAAUGCUGCCCAGGCCACCUCGCCCACCGAUGAGAACAAGGGCCACACUGGCAUAGGAGAGCUGGCUGCUGCUUUGAAUGAGUUUGAUAACAAGAUCAUCCUGGACCCGAUGACGUUCAGCGAGGCGCGGUUCCGGCCGUCCCUGGAGGAGCGGCUGGAGAGCAUCAUCAGCGGGGCGGCGCUCAUGGCCGACUCCUCGUGCACGCGCGACGACCGCCGCGAGCGCAUCGUGGCCGAGUGCAACGCCGUGCGCCAGGCCCUGCAGGACCUGCUCUCCGAGUACAUGAACAAUACUGGAAGGAAGGAGAAGGGAGACCCACUCAACAUUGCCAUUGACAAGAUGACCAAGAAAACACGAGACCUUCGGAGACAGCUCCGGAAGGCAGUGAUGGAUCACAUAUCAGAUUCAUUCCUGGAGACCAACGUCCCACUGCUGGUUCUCAUCGAGGCCGCCAAAAGCGGCAACGAGAAAGAAGUGAAGGAAUACGCUCAGGUCUUCCGUGAACACGCCAACAAGUUAGUGGAGGUUGCAAAUCUGGCCUGUUCAAUCUCCAAUAAUGAGGAAGGUGUGAAGUUAGUCCGUAUGGCAGCCACACAGAUUGACAGUCUGUGCCCACAGGUAAUUAAUGCUGCACUCACGUUGGCUGCCAGACCCCAGAGCAAAGUAGCCCAGGACAACAUGGAUGUGUUCAAGGACCAGUGGGAGAAACAGGUGCGAGUUCUCACUGAGGCUGUCGACGACAUCACUUCAGUGGAUGAUUUCCUCUCUGUUUCAGAAAACCACAUCCUGGAAGAUGUGAACAAGUGUGUGAUUGCCCUGCAAGAGGGGGACGUGGACACGCUGGACAGGACGGCGGGUGCCAUCCGGGGCCGCGCAGCCAGGGUCAUCCACAUCAUCAACGCAGAGAUGGAGAACUAUGAGACUGGGGUGUACACUGAGAAGGUGCUGGAAGCUACCAAACUGCUCUCUGAAACUGUGAUGCCACGUUUUGCUGAGCAAGUGGAGGUGGCCAUUGAAGCCCUGAGUGCCAACGUGCCCCAGCCCUUCGAGGAGAACGAGUUCAUCGACGCCUCCCGCCUGGUCUACGACGGAGUCCGGGACAUCAGGAAAGCUGUCCUGAUGAUCAGGACCCCUGAGGAGCUCGAGGACGACUCGGACUUCGAGCAGGAGGAUUACGACGUGCGCAGCCGAACGAGUGUCCAGACUGAGGAUGACCAGCUCAUUGCUGGCCAGAGUGCAAGGGCUAUCAUGGCCCAGCUGCCCCAGGAGGAGAAGGCAAAGAUUGCUGAGCAGGUGGAGAUAUUCCACCAAGAAAAGAGCAAGCUGGAUGCAGAGGUGGCCAAGUGGGAUGACAGUGGCAAUGACAUCAUUGUGCUGGCCAAGCAGAUGUGCAUGAUUAUGAUGGAAAUGACAGAUUUCACCAGAGGGAAAGGGCCCCUGAAGAACACAUCUGAUGUCAUUAAUGCAGCCAAGAAGAUUGCAGAGGCAGGAUCCAGGAUGGACAAACUGGCACGGGCAGUAGCUGAUCAGUGCCCAGACUCAGCCUGCAAGCAGGACCUGCUGGCCUACCUGCAGCGCAUUGCCCUGUACUGCCACCAGCUCAAUAUCUGCAGCAAAGUGAAGGCAGAAGUUCAGAACCUGGGAGGAGAACUCAUUGUAUCAGGGCUGGACAGUGCCACUUCUCUCAUCCAGGCAGCUAAAAACCUGAUGAACGCUGUGGUCCUUACAGUGAAAGCAUCAUAUGUGGCUUCUACUAAAUAUCAGAAGGUCUAUGGCACUGCUGCAGUGAACUCCCCAGUUGUCUCUUGGAAGAUGAAGGCCCCCGAGAAGAAACCUCUAGUAAAGAGAGAAAAACCAGAAGAAUAUCAGACAAGAGUGAGGAGAGGGUCCCAGAAGAAACAUAUUUCCCCUGUACAGGCCUUAAGUGAAUUUAAAGCUAUGGAUUCAUUCUAAACCACUGAGCUUUACCAGGAGGGUUUUUUAUUCUUUUUUGUAUGCGUACCUGCCGACUUGUGUGCGUCUGGCAUGGGGUGGGGGGGACAAAGUGACAAUUUGCAUGCGACCUGAGACUCUAUUCCAGUAAAUAACUCUCUGCAGUGCCCAAAAUUCAGGGCAUUGCCUUCUGAUGUUAAGUGGACUUAACUCCAAGCUUCCUUUUUAAGCUAAACUAUAGCAUUAAAUUGGCCAAAGAAUUUGCGUCACGGGGGUAUACAUGUGGAAUAAAUGAUAAAUUCAAGUCUAAACCCCGAAAUUUUUAUGCAUGCAAGAAACAUUAGGUUGGCAGGUAUAUUAAGUGAAAAAUUAAAAAAAAAAAAGGAAUUGUAAUGGUAGACCAUAAAGCUUGUAUUGCUUCUGUUGCAGUGCAAAAAUGUACUAGCCAAUAUGCUUCAAUGUGUGGCCCAAUAAUUAAAUGAUAUAACUUUUAAGUCAUCUUCAUUAUAGUAUGUGAAUUUUUAAAACAGAUUCAAACUAAUUCAUCUUAAAAAUGCUUCUUUUGAACCAGAUUUCGUUCUUUAUAUUCUAGUAUUGUUAUGACUGCUCACGUUUCAAUUAAUCCCAUUAAUAUGACCAGAGGUUUACUUUUGCCAAUUGAAUUCCUUAUGGUGGAGUAUGAAGCACAAUAUGGUGAUUGACAUUGCCUUUUAUAUUAUGAUUAUUAUUCUGAUUAUUAUUAUUAUUAUCUUAGUAAUAGAAGACCUGGUGGUGGAAUGUUUAGAGACACGGAAACUGACAGUGUGAGAAUUUAGAGGCAAAUAUGUAGGUGUAGCUUGGAUUACAGGUAUCUGACAUACCAUUGUAACCACUAAUUAAAUAAACUCAUUUAACCUUGGAA